AUCAACCGCAAAAAGUAACCUCAAAAACCGAGAAUACCGAGGUUUAAAAAGUAUACUAUUUUCUUUGUGUUUACUUUAAUUACGUAAUUUUUAACACAGAAGAAUUUUUACAAUAUGUCUAUUGCAAUAAUGGAGUGUGGAGAUUUCAGUGAAUUUCAAGAGGCCUUGAAGACUAUGCGUAAAGUAGACGACCUUAUAAUAAAUACAUUAAACACUGUAAUACCCACAGACUCUUUUCAUCCUGAUGGGGAAUCAGCUUGUAAAGACUUACACAAGAAAAUAGACGAAGGAAAUGAAAAAAGAUCCAAAGUAAUAAAAAACUGUAUUACAGUGACUGCUGAUAGAGUGAAAAAUUUGAAAGAGCAACGAGAAACCAAUGCAGAUGAUAUUUCCUUAUCUAAAGCAUUGAGAUCUGAACAAACCAAAUUAAGAAUGUUGCAAGUAGAACUUUCAGUAGAAGAUUUAGUACAACAAAGAACUGCCAAGGUAUUUCAUGAAAAAUGUAGAACAUACUACAAACCUUUUUAGUGAAGAGUAAACAUUAAGUAGUGGGAAUUUGUAUUGGUGCAAACUUUACAACACAUUUGUUGACUGUUUUAUACAUUUAUGUACAAACAAAA